UGUUCAGUAUUGCGCCAACAGUCGCGCCGUGAACGUGCGCGUGGGAUGUCGUUGCUUCUCCCGAUGCGCCGAGUGUUGCUUUAUCAGUUAAUCGAACGCGGCAAAUCGACGUUGUUCGAUUAAAACACUCUCGUCACACGUGUCAACAAAUGUCUACGUCGCGAUAUCCAAGUUACACCAUAAAUAUUACUCGAGGUUAAAUUUGGAAAGAGAGGGGGGGGGGGGAUUUUAAGGGGUAUAUCGAUAAAUUUUCCAUCCCCCUCGGGGAUUAUAUCGUUCCUCGAAAUCCUCGAAUCGUGCGAAAGACACGGUCAUAGACGAGCAGUGUAGUUUUAUGUAAUGUGUGACCUAGAAAAAGCACUACUGACCGGUUCUGGAGCGAUUAGAUAAGAGGGGAAUACAGAAAAGCUGGAAUUGUACGGUGUUGGUGUACGAAGUACCGCGAAACGGGCUGGGAAAUCUGACGUUUCAUUGAUACGUAUAUACAAGCCUCUAUUAUGCGAUGUACAUUCCAUUUGCACGAGGUGAAUAAAGUAUAUAAAUACAUAUACACACACAUAUAUAUAUAUAUAAAUAACGGAUAUAUAUAUAUAUACAUAUAUAUAUAACGGUUCCACGCGCGUUAACGCGGCACAAUGUGUUUUUAACCGUUUGAUGGGAUUCCUCGAGCAAGGCUUAAAUCGUGGACAAGGAGUUUCUACGUGAUGAAGAGGAGAAAAUCAGGAUGUUGAGGUUUGGAUCCAUAUUGGGCGUGUUGGUCUUUCUGACCAUCGCGAAAAUCGUGAUCUCAAAUCGAUGUCUGACCAUGCUCGAAGAUGUGAAUCCAAAGAGGGUAAUCCAUUUGGACGGGCAACCAUUGAACAUAAAUUUCGAGGUGUCUCGUAGAGUGACUCAGAGGCUGGCUACUAUAAUCAUGAAAAUAUUCUUGACAGAGGUGCUCGGUUAUUCGAAAGUGUCUAUCUAUGAAAAGGAGGAUGAGUUCAGGGCGGAGGAAACUUUCAGCAGAUUGUCCGACGACAUUAUGUUUAGUAGCAAACUUCCAAUGGUGAAUAUGGAGGUGUGGAUCCCGCCGCAUCUAGACACGAUGCCACUGUUAAAUUCGCAUGAAGUGAAAGAAUGCGGAUCCAUCGCUCCCCCGGGCCGUUUCGGUUGGUUCGUUCCGACUGCGUUGUCCAGGCGCAACGACAAUUGGAUAAUCUUCACGGAGCUUGAAAAAGCUUCCCGCUUCGAGAUGGACGAAUCCACAUUGGAGAGCAUUCGGAAUUUUACCAUAGACCCGAAAACCAGUACCUAUUACUGCCAGGAAUCGUAUUGCCAACAGGGAAUGUACAUUCCGGAAUGGUGCCAAGGGAAACCGUGCGCUUUAUUGUUGACCAGUUACAUCGAUGUUACCAAUUUUGUCAAGGAUCACAUAGAUCAAAUGAAACUGUACGUGAACGUGAUCUGGUUCGGGCCGAAUUUGAAACACGUGAUCAAACUUGCUGAAGAGCUGAUGUUUGAUCGAAACUCGUCUACUUCCAUCGAUAGAUCGUUGGUAUUUCUGCAUUGGACUCCCAGCACCGUGAUACCUAACGAGAGGGAUUUCGUCAGCAUCGACUUCCCCCGAUGCGGCGCCACGAGCUCGGAGAUCGGUUGCAAGUACGAAUCCAACAGGUUGACCAAACUCGUCUGGGCCAGGCUCGAAUACGCCGCCAAAUUGGCCUACGAGGCGAUCAAUCGCGCGAAAUUCACGCGCGAGAUGUACGAGGAUCUGAUCGACAGGCGCAACCGCGAUUCAUCCAUGAACGAAGAAGAGAUCGCGUGCGACUGGUUGAGGGAGAAUCUCAACUACACUCUCGAUGCGUGGAUGCCGAAUACCGCCGACAAGAACAUUCUCUACGUCGGCGGGAUAUUUCCUAUGAGCGAGACGUUUUAUUCGGGGAAGGCGAUAUUGGUCGCGGCCAUGAUGGCAAAGGAGGCGAUCAACGUGAACAACACCAUCCUCAGGGAUUACAAUUUCACCCUGCUGGUGAAUGACGGCCAAUGCAAAUCGGAUAUGGUGAUGAGAUCGUUCAUCAAUUACAUAGUGCACAAUCAGUACGAGAAGCUCGUCGGCGUUUUGGGGCCGGCUUGUUCGGAGACCGUCGAGCCUUUGGUCGGCGUUUCCAAGCAUUACAAGACGGUGGUGAUCAGUUACAGCGCCGAGGGAUCCAGCUUUAACGAUCGCACUAAAUAUCCUUACUUCUUUCGGACUAUCGGCGAGAACAAGCAGUACAAGCACGUUUAUUUGCAAUUGUUGAAGAAACUCGGAUGGAAGAGGGUGGCUUCGUUGACGGAGGAUGGACAGAAAUACACCGAGUACAUAUCUUACAUGCAAGAUUUGUUCAGAGACAAUGGAAUCGUGUUCGUGGCGAAUGCAAAGUUUCCAAGGGAACGGGAACCCAUUGUGAUGACCAAGUAUUUGCAAGAUUUCAAGCAGAAGAAGGCAAAGAUCAUCAUCGCUGAUGUAUACGAUCAAGCAGCCCGUCAAGUUAUGUGCAACGCGUACAAAUUAGAAAUGACAGCGGUUCAGGGCUACGUGUGGUUCUUGCCUCUUUGGCUACGACCAGAAUGGUACGAUACGGAUCGAUACAAUCAGAAAGGGGAACAGGUUCCGUGUACCACGGCAGAAAUGAGCAAAGCGAUAAACGGAUAUCUCGGUUUAUCUCACGCGUACUUUGCACCGGAUAACGACAUCAUGCAAGAAGGGAUAACGGUGCGUCAAUGGCGCGAUCGUUACGAGCUUCAGUGCCAGAAUAAGGAACAACCGCCGUCUAAUUACGCUGGUUACGCGUAUGACGCUAUGUGGACUUACGCCUACGCGAUGGACAGGCUGCUUCGCGAGAAUCAGAGUUACGUUUUCGAUCUGCAUAGCAAUCAUACUAUCAAUCGAUUAACGGACAUCAUCGGUGAAACGGAUUUUUACGGGGUGUCUGGGAGAAUAAAAUUCUUCGGUGGCCCUUCGAGAUAUUCUGUUAUCAAUAUCGUUCAGCAUGUUAAUAACGAAACUCGAUUGGUCGGUAAUUUUUACCCCAACGUGUCAGAAAAGCAGCACGAAGUGGCGGGUGGUAAAUUGGAUUUGAAUGUCUCUUCUUUGGUCUGGCUAUCGAAAAGCAUGCCAGACGAUGGCUCCGAACCACCCCAACGAUGUGUCAUCGGUGGAUUCGCAGAUUUCAUAAACGUGUCUUGCGAAGUAGCUUUCGUGAUCGUCAAUAUCAUUGGUUUCACUUUACUGGGGAUAUUCUUGAUCAUUGGUUUCCUCAUCAUCAAACAAAGAUACGAAAGAAAAGUACGCGAGCAGAGAGAGUAUCUGAAGUCUAUGGGCAUAUCCUACGCCUGUGACGACUCGUCUGAUCUGGACAAAUGGGAGAUUCCUCGACACAGGGUGGUUAUUAACCGAAAAUUGGGGGAGGGUGCUUUUGGAACGGUUUACGGUGGCGAGGCGUUCUUCCCUGAAAAGGGUUGGCUAGCCGUGGCCGUGAAGACUCUGAAAAUUGGAAGUUCCACAGAGGAAAAAUUAGACUUUCUGAGCGAGGUGGAAGUGAUGAAACAGUUCGAGCACAAGAAUAUAAUCAAACUGUUAGGGGUUUGCAUCAAGAGCGAACCAGUCUUAACCGUGAUGGAAUUCAUGCUUUACGGCGAUCUGAAGACGUAUCUUCUCGCCAGAAGGCAUCUCGUCAACGACAACAGUUACGAAGAUUCGGACGAGAUCUCUAACAAAAAGUUAACCGCAAUGGCGUUAGAUGUAGCUAGGGCGCUCAGCUAUUUGGCUCAGUCAAAAUAUGUUCAUAGGGAUAUUGCCUCGCGUAAUUGUCUGGUGAACGCGCAACGUGUAGUGAAGCUUGGAGACUUUGGUAUGACGAGGUUGAUGUACGAGAACGAUUACUAUAAAUUCAAUCGAAGAGGUAUGCUACCUGUAAGAUGGAUGGCACCAGAAUCCUUGGGACUCGGUAUCUUCAGUCCAGCUUCGGAUGUGUGGUCCUACGGCGUUCUUUUGUACGAGAUUAUCACGUUCGGUAGCUUCCCUUUCCAGGGUAUGAGUAACAUCGAAGUACUGAAUCACGUUAAGAGUGGAAACUCGUUGAUGGUUCCCAAAGGAGUGAAGAUACAAUUGGAAAACUUGAUGUACUCUUGUUGGAGGCUAGAUCACAUAAAGAGGCCAACUGCUCCGGAGAUCGUCGAGUUUCUAGCCACGAAUCCUCGAAUUUUAUCUCCCUGUUUAGACGUUCCUUUGGCCAGUGUGCAAAUCGAGCAUACCGGACAAUUAGACAUAGAGUUACCAGAGAAUUUGAGGAAGUUUUCAUUGUCGUGGUCACCUCAGAAUUCCACGACUCGACCCGCGUCCACGUCCAGCCCUUUCGGUGUACCGUAUCCACCUUUGCUAGACAUCAAUGAUCACGACGAUAAGCCGAUUCAAAACUCGAUUAUGGGCAACGGAAUCGCCGACGCAGAGAGUUCCAGGCCACUUUUGUUGAACGCCAACGAACCUUUGUCGGGUUUACCUAUGAUUCUUCAAAGCUUCAAGCAGAAAGAGGAGUCGCCGCAUAAAUACGUCAACAUUCAGCCGGGGAUAUCGAAUAAUUGCGAUUACUCGAGCGAUCAGAACGGCGGUGGCAGCAUUCAGAUGGAGGAAAGAAGGGCCAUAUUGCCGGAAAAUAGAAAGUCGGAGGACGUGUCGAUUCUUUGACAGCAAAAGAGACAUGCGAUUUCGAGGCAAAAAUCAAUGGUGCAUUUCUACAGGCACGCCGAAGGCAUAUUUGGAAAAUAUGCGAAAAGAUCUUACCGAAAGACCAGCGUUUAGAUCACUUUGUUGGGAUCUAAUUUUGCUGGUCGGAUUGACACGUUUCCGUUUUGGAAACGGACGUUUUCACGAGCGUGGUUUCUUCGCUAUAUAUGUUUGCGAAAUAUGGAGGAGAUAUGGGACGCGUUUAUUUUGAUACAUUGGGAAUUAAGAUCCUGUCGAUUUGACUACGAUGAAGAGAGAUUUACAAUAGAUAUCAGCAACGAAAACAAUAUCAGCUGUGACGAGCGGAAAUGAUUUUUCGAAUGCAGAUAAGCGAAAUAAUUCCCUAGAUUUUCGCUCAAUCCAUUUUUGAGACUGAUAAAUGUAAAAAAAAAAAAAAAAAAAUUAAUUUACCGAUUAAUCGACGCGACAGUGUUGGAUAUUUCACGCUUACAAAGGAAAAGUAAACUUGUAGAAUACAAAAACUUUCUAUUUUCCUUGAGAAAAAUUUGAUAUUUUAAUUAUAAGUUAUAUCGAAUGGAGUAUUUUAUCGUGGCAAGCAGAAAUUUCCAUUGUUUUCGCGUCGAGAAAGAAGUAAACAGAAAAGAAAAGGCUGCUUCGGUUAGAUACGCAGUAGAUAAUCGAAAGGAGAAUGACUGAUAAAAUUUCACGGCAUUUCUCUGUCCAAAUAGACAAUCUCGACAUUGAGAUGUGUGCAACUUCAUAAAAUUUCCAGGCAAUUAUAUCGACACGAAACUUUGUGAAAAAAGUUUGCGGCAUUUUUUAAAGAUAAAACUACAUUACAAAAUUGAAGCAAUAUUUUACACAAAAGAACUGGUCAAGUAUCGACGUUCGUGUGUAACCAUGACAUUUAUAUAAAAGAGUAUACAUUUUAUGCGUACACGUUCAACAUCACGGAUCGAGGGAAAAUGAAAAUAUAGAAACAAAAAAAAAAAAAAAAAAAAGAAAAGAAAAAAAAAAUACGCGCCCUUCAGUUCCAAGUAUAUAUAGUAUAUUUUUUGACUCGUUUUUUGCGAAAUAUAUUUAUCGAUUUGAAGAGAAAAAAGCGACUGUGGCAUAGUUACUAGCUAUUAUGGAGAACGCUUCGUCCUCGCUAAAAACUACAAUGAAGCGUAAUAAACCGAAUAGUUACUAUUAUUAUAUACGGUGUCUAGUGAUUGUCCAUCAAUUUGAUCAAAAAAAAAAUUUUGAUCGAGAUUUCUUUUUUUGUAAAAUAUAUAUUUAAUACACAUUAAAUUCCU